AAAUUUGAAUUUUGUUUCUUUGUUAUGGUUAGGUCCAAAGUUUGAAUCUUUCAAAGGUGAAAGUGACACAAUUUCACCUUUUUUCACGGGACCUAGUUGUUCCCUUCACCGCAUUCAUCAUAUAUUCAAAAAACUAUAAUUUUUUUCUGUGAAGAUUUCUCUGUCAAUUUGAGUUCAAAGUUUGAAACUUUUUCAGGUACCUGCAAAAGGGUAUCAUAGCAUUUAAAUCAUGCCUUCAGGUCCUAAGAAGAGAAAAGCUGCUAGGAGGAAGAAGGAACUUAACCACUCAUUAACCAACAACCCUCCUCAAGGAAAUGAUGAUUUGAAGCCUCGAAACGCAAAAGUGAGUGAUGGAAGAGACGAUAAUUUAUCUGCAUAUCACGAGAAUGGUGACAUUCCUGAUCGAUUCAAUGAUGGAAGUGAAGUGGUUCAUGAGAGAGCCCCAUUAACUGCUCGACCGAUUGCUUCUGAUGUUGCGUCUGCGAAAGAAGUUUGUGGAAAGAAGGAUAGUGUUGUUAUGAUAAAGAAAGAUUUGAGAUCUAAGGAUGGUUAUGAGAAAGAAAAUGGAAGGUUGGAGCAUAUUGAAACUGCGAAGGAAUCGUGUUACGAGAGUGGUAUUUCAAACGGUGAAGCCCUAGCUGAGAAGAACUCAAAGGAUGAGAUUUAUAAUUUGCUUGAAGAGAAAACUGCAUGUCAUGAGUUGGUUAAACCAAAUGAAUCUUCACCUUCCAACACGAUUGUGGCUUCCAUGUCUGGGGUAGCAAAGUGCAAUACUGGAGUAGCCCCUCUUCUAGAAGUGAUCGGUCUUGCUGGGAAGAUGAAUCGGGAUAAUGUAUAUCCCUUAUCAAAUGCGAAUGCUACAGCAUCGAGUUUGGAGGAACCUAAGCCAAAGGAAUCUAAUAGUAGAGUGUUAACUUCAUCGUCUCGUAGUCCAUUAACCAAUGGUGCAGUACAUACUAAGAAUUCCGAGACUCCAGAAUGCUCAAAAAAUCAGUCUUCCGUAAGGUCGGCUCCAAACUUAGUGCAGAAGACUUCAUGGUGGAGUUGCUGUGGAAUGUUUGAAGUUCUGUCAGGUUCAAAUAGAUAAUUUCAGAAAUACAAGCUUAGGAUCUCAACUUGCAUGUCAGAAGGGAAAAUGGUGCUUCAUGAGAAACUUUCGCCAAUGCAAGUUUUUCGAUGGUGCUUCAUGAGAAACUUUCGCCAAUGCAAGUUUUUCGAUGGUGCUUCUACCGAAAUCCUAAAUCUUGUUUGAAACAUCCCAAAAGCUAAAACAGACGAAUUAGAAGGACUUCGUUAAAACAUUUCAAUGUAGAGUGUUUAGGUUCAGAGUUUCCAAAUGAUCAUAUUUGUUUACAUUACUUUAGAGAAGUUUAUUUGAUUUAUUGUAUUGGCAACAAUUCACAGCUCAAUCCUUGAGCUGUCAAAACUACAUUGUUAGUUCUGUGAUAUAGAAAUUUGGUCUAGAAGUUUCCAUAAUAAAAUUUAUUUUGAUGUGUA